CACUUUAGCUAAAGAAUUUCCUCAAACUUAUGUAAUUUAUGAUCAUUGUUUAUUAGAUUGGAAGAUUAAAAUUGAAGAAAAGUAUUUUGAACUAUAUGGAAAACCAUUUGUUGAAAUUCAUUAUGAUAAAUUUAAUGGAUCUCAAUUAUUAUUUUUUACAUUAUUAAAAAUCUUAUCUGGACAACAACAACAAUUUGAUAUAAAAAGAACUAAAGUAAUAAACUGA